AUGAUCGUGGCUAUGUCACCCGCCGUGAAACUAUCUUUCUCGUCAAGCCAACCGAAUGCAAAUGCAGGGAUUGCUGCGUUUUCUGCACCAAAUAUUUCAAGCGUUAAAAAAUACUUUAAAAAAGGAAAACAUUCAAACAGAAAAAAUGUCGACAUUUACCUUGUUUCGCAGGUUGAAGGAAGAACAGUGUUACGAGGGAAAGGAGUAGAAGUGCUUACGGUCAUGAUUGAUGCAGGAUACACAUUUUCGUCAUCAUCAAAUUUAGGAACCUUCUGGAUUCUUCCCAUUGCGAUUAUUGAAACUUCCGGAACAUUGAUAAGAGGGGAGCCGAAUUUCCCACCGAUUGCACCAAUAUUGCUUAGGGUAAUAGUUCCUCCAGUUAUAUCAUCAGUGCUAAGCUUGUUAGCCAGGGCCAAUUGUUGUAGUCGUGACAAUUCCUUUGUUAUCUGA